AUGGACAUAAAUGUGGCUCGCCUGAUCUCCUCCGGCAGGUCAUUCCAGAGCGACGGGGCCCUGAUAGCAAAGGCCCGGUCGCCCUUAGUUUUUAGGGACCCGCCGGAGGAUCUCAGGCUACACCUUGGCUCGUAUGGGACUAAGCAGUCUUUGAUGUACUCAGGGGCCAGUCCCAUCCGGGCCUUAAACCUGUCGGCCCAGCGUGUGGCGCUGCAAGUCCGGCGGUACGGGAAGGCCAGUGAGUCCGUCCCCCCCUUCAUCGAGGAGCUGGUGGUGCGCAGAGAGCUGACGGACAACUUCUGCUUCUACAACGAGAAGUACGACAGCGUGGAAGGGGCGUACGCGUGGGCUCAGAAGACGCUGCAGGAUCAUGCCGGAGACAAGAGGGAGUAUCUGUACACGCGGGAGCAGCUGGAGAAGGCCCAGACGCAUGACAAGCUGUGGAACGGUGCUCAGUAUCAAAUGGUGACGGAGGGGAAGAUGCACGGCUUCUUGAGGAUGUACUGGGCCAAGAAGAUUCUGGAGUGGACCCGCUCGCCAGAGGAGGCUCUCUCCAUCGCUCUGUACCUGAACGACCGCUACGAGCUGGACGGCCAGGACCCCAACGGCUUCGUGGGGUGCAUGUGGUCCAUCUGCGGCAUCCACGACCAGGGCUGGGCAGAGAGGCCCGUUUUCGGGAAAAUCCGCUUCAUGAACUACAAAGGCUGCCUUCGGAAGUUUAAGGUGGCCGAGUUUGAGAGGAAGUACUGUCCUAAGAAGCUGUGAGGCUCCUCCAGGACGUGUUGUCUCACCUCAGGGAGCUUCUCCACCACCUCCAGCAGUGCAGGCCUUACGCUUUGCUUUAUUAGUCUUAUUGAUAUUCGUCCACUCCCAUCACCAC